AUGCCUCCCCGCCACCAAACCCUCCCACCAGCCCAAACGUCGUCCGCGCGCGAAGCCCUCCAGUCCUUCUACUGCCAGCUCUGCCAAAAGGGCUACUCGCGCAUGAACGACUACGAGGCGCACCUCGGCAGCUACGAUCACAGCCACAAGCAGCGUCUCAAGGACAUGAAGGCCAUGGUGCGCGACCCGACCGCCGCCGCCCGCGCCCGCCGCCAGGAGCAAAAGGCCGAGGGCGUCAUUAGUAUCAAGCUCGGCGAGGCGGCGGGUGGUGCGGGUGGUGCGGUUGCGGGUGCGGCUGUGGGUGGGUUCAAGAAGGGCGGGUUUAAGAAGACUGGAUUUAAAUCCGCUUUUUUGCCCGUUGGUGAUGGCGGUGGUGCGGGUGAAGCGAAGGGAGAUGUUGCUGCUGCGGGGGAGAGAAAAGAGGGGGGAGAGAAGACGGGGUUGAGGAGUGCACUUGUCGAGAGCGAUACCGAGGAUGAAGGGUACGAGGUGUACGACCCCCGCAAGCCGACCGACUGA